GGUUAUAUUUCGCACGCUUUCUAAAAGAAUGAUAGUAAUUUUCGUUUGACACAUUGUGUGUAGUUAUAGAUGAGCUAGUAAAAACACCUGCGCAAGGUGAACUUUGUUGUUGUUCCGAGUACUACCAUACCCUGCAUCAUAAACCUUACAAGUUUACAUAUAUUUGAUAAAACUCGUCAAAGGAUAAUAAGUCGUUUUCUUAUUAUUAGUAAGGCAAAAGUCCUUUCUCGCGUACGAAUGUGUACUAGCGCCGAGUUUGUUUUUGCACAAUCACUCUCAAAAAGUGUUUCUGUCGAGUCAAUAAGAGCAAGUGUAAAUUAGUUUAAUUUUGACAAUAUCAAUCGCUGUACAAACUGUGCUGAAUUUUUUUAUUUGCCGAAAUACACGUUGCAAGUACAAAUAAUCGCAAUAAAAAAAUUUAACGCGUUAUAAAGAAAAAGAUUACAACUCUUCGCGAUUUUGUACGCAUUGAAUUUGAGUUCUGGCAAACGCGAAUUGCUCGCAGGUAACAAUCGACGAUUAUCGUCGGUGUUGUCUAUCGUCAAUGUCUGCACUUGUGUUCAGUAUUAUCUAGGAUGUCAGUAGCACCAAUGGUACAACAAGAUUAUUGUUAUCAUCAGCACUAUGUAGAAUUUUGUAGAAUGAAAAGUAUACCAAUCGACGACCAAUCAUCACAAAAUGAAUCUCAGUCAUACGCGAAAACGUUGUCUCUUAGUAAUAGGUCUCAUACUGGUGCCAUGUAUUGUAGUCAACUACAUAUCUGCACCGGACACUCGAGAAGAGCAAAUACUCCAGACUGGAAUAGCUGAAUUGCAGGUGAAACUGGAGAAUCUCCAUUCCAAAUAUAUCAGCAGUCAGGAAGAAAUACAAAUGUUGACUUAUCAGCUGAUCCAACUCACUGAGGGUGCUCAUCAAUUGAUGCCCGACGUGCAGAUGUUUGUCAACAGUAGUGGCUCUAAUGUAACUAAUGUUAAGCUGCCAUCGGUCUAUAAUUUUUUACCUCACCUUCUUAACGAUAUCAAUAGUUUAAAGCCCAGUUAUGUCAAGAGUAAAGGCAGAACAGGGGUGAGCAUGGUGCUGGGAAUACCUACUGUUAAACGAGAAGUUCAAAGUUAUUUAUUAGCUACACUAAAAAAUUUAUUAGAGCGCAUGAGCCAAAAAGAAACUGACGAUACACUCAUAGUUGUUCUUAUUGCUGAAACUGAUCCAGAAUAUGCAUCGCUCAUUUCAAAGCAAAUAGAAGUACAAUUUUCAGAUGAAGUAGAAGCUGGUGUAAUUGAUAUCAUUGCACCUAAUCCAUCUUAUUAUCCAGAUUUUUCAAAAUUAAGAAACACUCUUGGAGAUAGUCACCAACGUGUAGUUUGGAGAUCAAAACAAAAUUUGGAUUUUGCACUCCUUAUGUCAUAUUCUCAAACAAAAGGAAUGUUUUAUGUACAAUUAGAAGAUGACAUACUUGCUAAAAAGAAUUUUGUAUCUAUAAUGAAAUCAUUUGCUUUACAAACAAUUAGUUUGAAAGAAAAUUGGUUGGUGCUAGACUUUUGUCAAUUAGGAUUCAUUGGAAAAUUAUUUAAAUCAGUUGAUCUGCCAUGGCUAGUCCAAUUUUUUAUAAUGUUUUAUAAUGAUAAACCAGUUGAUUGGCUUUUGGAUAAUUUAAUUUCCACAAAAGUGUGCAGUAUGGACAUGGAUCCGAAACGUUGUAAAAUUGCUAAAGCAGAAUUGUGGAUACAUUACAAGCCUUCUUUAUUCCAACAUGUUGGUACUCAUUCUUCUUUGAAAGGAAAAGUACAAAAAUUAAAAGAUAAACAAUUUGGUAAGAUAAGCUUGUUUUAUAGUCAUUACAAUCCUGAAGCUGUUAUUGAAUCUCAAAUUAAAGCAUAUAAGCAAUUUACACUUAAAAGGGCUUAUAAAGGUGACUCAUUUUUUUGGGGUUUAUUGCCUCAACCUGGUGAUCAUCUUAGAUUUAAAUUUAUGAAACCCAUCUACAUUAAAAGAUAUUUAUUUAGAAGUGGAAAUGCUGAGCAUCCUUCUGACAAGUUUUAUAAUACCACUGUUGAAGUUCUACCAUAUUUAUCUAAUUCUGUUGAUAGAAAUCAUAAUAAUGUUACAGAAGAUGGUUAUUUUAUAGUCGGUAAAUUUGAUUCUCUUGGAAUUGCUAGAGGCACAGUUGACAGAAAACUUGGAAAAAUUUCAAUUCUUCGAUUAACGGUGCAUAGUGAAAGUGACAAUUGGGCCAUUUUAUCAGAGAUUCAUAUUGAAGAAGACUUACACAGCUGACGAAAAUUAGUAGGUGUAAGAAAUAAAGUUAUUCACAGUUAUCAUUUUGCCUAAGGAUUUGCUGUCGAAUUGAACUUGAAUCUUUUAUGUGUCUUUCAUCUGUAAAUAAUAUCCAAAUCAUAUAUAGUUGAUGGUGCCUUCUCUUGUAAAAGCCUACCCAUGUACCAUAGGCCUUUUUAAACAAACUCAGAGUGAGUUUAUUUACAAGUCUUAUGGGAUGUUCUGCUUGAUCAAUCAUCAAAUUCUAAUGUCUAUAUCAACUCACUGUACAUAUACUGUUCUUCGUGUCCAGCUUAUUUUUACUAUGACAUUUUGACAAACUUCUAAUUGAAAGAAAAGACCCUCUGACUUUGACAAGUCAUUUAUACAUACAUUAUGUACUACCUAAUUAGCAUACUACUAUUGUGUCAAAUUGAUACUUAAAUUCUUGUG